AUGGGCCUGGGGCUGCGCGCGGGCCUGGAGCGGGCUGUACGGGCUGCGCACAACAUCAGGACACAGGGCAGCGGGGCGCGCGUAAGCGCUGGGCGAAGCGCUGGGCAGCGAGGCAUUCUUGGGCGGAGGGGAGUGGGGCGCGCGCGAGCUGUAAAGCAGCGCGUGGGGCUCGAUAAGGUGAAGAACGCGGCGAAUCAAGCGGCGAAGAGCGAGGCGGGCCAGAAGGUGGGAGGGUUGGUGAAGAAUGUGGUGAGGAAGGGCGGCAAGGACGCGCUCACGGCGGCGUUCAACGCGUUCAGCAGCGGCAAGGGUGCCAAGGGUGCCCUACAGGCGGGCGCUGGCUCGUUUGUGAAUACCACAAAAACAAUGAUUUAA